ACUCAGUAGCAACUUACACAACAGAGUGAAUUCAUCGUAAAGUAAAACAGAAUAUACAAACACCAGUGUUUUGAUUCCAUCAAGAUGCAUACACGCGAAUUCUUCAUAAAAUAUCAGUGAUGCUGGCCCCGAUUCUGUGACACCGUUCUGUGAUUUACCAUUUACCAUGCUUUAGGAGAAUCGCGAUAACCGCUAUAUACAAAUACAAAUACACUGCCCGACCAUGUACAAGCUGCUAGGAGGACUUGCGAAUUACUUCAAGUACCACGACGUUGUGACAGACUGUGCAAUUUUUCGACUGCAUAACACGUUCACCUGUGCCCUGCUGAUGACAUGCAGCCUGAUAAUCACUGCUAAUCAAUUCGUAGGGAACCCGAUUCAAUGUAUUGUAGAUGGGCUGCCGACUCAUGUAGUCAACACUUAUUGCUGGAUUUCUUCUACUUUUACUAUGCCAGAUGCAUUUAGAAGACAGGUUGGUCAAGAGGUUCCUCAUCCUGGUUUAGGAAACGAUUUUGGAGAAGCUCAGAAAUAUUACACCUAUUACCAGUGGGUCUGCUUUGUUUUAUUUUUUCAGGCUAUCGCAUGUUAUACCCCUAAAGUACUGUGGGAUAUGUGCGAGAACAAUCUAAUGCGGACCCUUGUGAUGGGACUGAACAUUGGAGUAUGCGAUGAAAAAGAAAGGAAGAAAAAGAAAAAAAUCAUCCUUGGGUACUUGAAUGAACAUAUGAAGAAACACAAUUUCUACGCCCUCCGGUAUUGGGGCUGCGAAUGCCUGUGCCUCCUCAACAUCCUAGUGCAACUCUACCUCAUGAACCGCUUCUUCGACGGAGAGUUUCUAUCCUACGGCCUCCGCGUCAUGAACUUCUCCGAGCAAAGUCAAGAGGACAGGAUCGACCCCAUGGUGUACGUCUUCCCCAGGGUCACCAAGUGCAUCUUCCACAAGUACGGGGCCUCCGGCACCAUCCAGAAGCACGACAGCAUGUGCAUCCUCCCGCUCAACAUCGUCAACGAGAAGACCUACAUCUUCAUCUGGUUCUGGUUCAUGAUCCUGGCCACCAUGCUCACCAUCUUGGUGGUGUACAGAAUUGUUAUCAUAGCUUGUCCGAGGGUUCGUUCGAGGAUACUGCACGCCAAGAAUAGAAGCAUUCCCAUUGAAGUGUGCAGGUCUCUGUGUGGUAAGGUCGAGCUUGGAGACUGGUGGGUUUUGCUCAUGCUAGGGACCAACAUGGAUCACAUCAUCUACAGAGAAGUAAUAUCCGAGCUGGUGAAGGAAAUUGGACCUGCUAACAGUAGCCAUUGACUAGAUGCUGAAUCUAUUAGUAUUCUUUAGUUCCUGGGAGGGAGAGAGAGAGGGAGAUUUUCGAAAUAGUUUUAUAGGAUGAUGUUUCGCAUUCCGUUCCAGUGGACGUUUAGAUUAUUUCAAAAAGUGUAUUGAGGGAGAAAACAUUGAUAAACUAAGUGCUGCUCCUACGACAUUCCAUGAUCUGUGUUCAAUAGGAUGAUUCGAAUACGACGUAGGUACAUGAACAAAGAGGUUGCUCAAUCAAUUAUCGAAUGGGUUUCUAAUUUUUUUCUCGAUGAUAUUUAAAACUUAGUGACAAUUAAGAUAUUAUGUAGUUUUUAUAUAUGUCUUUGUCUACAUUAGUAAUAAGGUAGGUGAUAUGUAAAUUUAUAUAACGUUUUUACUAUAUACAUAUUUUUGAUGAACGAG